AUGGACAACGAAGGACCCGUGAUGUUCUACAAGCACGAGUUGCGUGAAUUGUUGCAUUGUGCGGAGUUCGCGCCCUCGCCUCUCCUUGUCUUCGUUUCGGCCUUUUUCCAAGGGAUAGCUGCAACAUACUUCAUCAUAAACGCCUUCAUCUUUGGCGCAUUGGCGGCGUGGCGCCACACAUGCACCCUCAUGCGCCGCCUACAUGCUGCAGGCGGCGCCUUUGUACACCCCAGUCUUCCGCCACCUUUAUUGGAAGCCGAGCAUAUUGGAUAUUGGACGGGGGUCGCCGUCGCGGUUUUGGUGAUGAUGGUGGGCGUCCUACUUGCCAUCGUGAAAUGGCCUAGACUGGAAUCGCGACUCGAGGCGGCGAGAAGAAAACCUGCUCCGCAAGUUGGAAUGUUGGAAGGAGAAUCUGUUUAUUUUGAUGCACGUAGCCGCGUGGAUAUGUCUCAGUAAUUUGUGUAAAUAAAGUUGCACAUCUGUUUUUAUGUGUUGUAAUUGUGUACGUAUGUUCUGAGUA